UUAAAUUCAUUAUUAUCCCAUUAACCAAAUAUCAAAAUUUAAUUAAUAUUACUCUAGAUCAUGAUCUAUAGUUUUUACUUUUUUGUUCAGUAUUCAGUUCAAUAAUACUAAGUUAUUUAUGAAAUGAGUGAGGAUCUCACACACACACGCAGGAGACAAAACAAGGGGUCAUUAUUCUAAAUUCUAAACCUGCUGUCUAUAUUGAUCGCCAUGGAAAGAGAAAUUAGCCAAUCAGGCAUCCACAUCAUCCUCUGCAGAUGAUUGAUUGAUUGUGAAGAAGGGGAAAUGGGAGAAAAGAUGAUGGGCGGCUUUCAUUCAAAUUGAAGUAGCUGAGAACCAAACCAAAUCCCAUAGCCAUAGCCAACCCUGAACCCUCCAUCGUCCUCAAUCUCAACCUCUCUGGAAGAGUAGAAGUAUACAGAGACAUACAUACACAUACACGAAUCGUAAUCACGUGGGUCUCCAUGCCCCGACAAAAGCCAACUACACCACACCAGUACCCAUUAAUAGCAACCCUGUAUAUUUCUACAUAGUGUACCAUUACCAUAUACUACUAUCCAAUCUCACCCACUUUGCCCUUUCUCUCUCUGAAUUUGGAUCUUGGGUAAGUGCCAGAAAAGCCACCCACAAACUAACAAUGAUAAACUCAUUACCUACUCAGCUUAAAAAUCCAAUAUUUUUCGAAUUUUAACAGAACCCAACACGCCCAAUUAACCCAUACAGCUUAAAAAUCCAAUCCUUUUUUUUCCCCGUCAAUUUUCACAAAAAUUCCUUUCCGUUCGGGGGCAAAAGAAUACACAAGUUUAGAGGAGGAAAAUAAUACCUGUGUCGAUGGCCGGAACCGGCGAAACGACGAUGACCCACUUACCGCCGGAGAUCUUGACGAACGUGUUCUCCGCCGUUUCGGACACGCGCACCCGCAACGCGAUGUCGCUGGUGUGCCAGAGCUUCCGCUGCUUAGAACGCCGCACGCGCACCUCCCUCACGCUCCGAGGCAACGCGCGUGACCUCCAUAUCCUCCCAACUUGCUUCCGCUACGUCACCGACCUCGACCUCUCCCUGGUCUCGCCGUGGGGCCACGCGCUCUUCGCCGCCUCCACCAGCCACCAAUCAGACCCGCAGCAACAAGCCAUCGAGCUCCGGAACGCGUUCCCGCGCGUGACCUCACUCACGCUCUACGCGCGCUCCCCAGUGACCCUUCACCUCCUCCUCCUCGUCCCUUGGCCUGACCUCCGCCACGUGAAGCUUGUCAGGUGGCACGUGCGCCCGCCGGCAUCGCAGCCGGGUACUGACUUCGCCGACCUCUUUCACCGUUGCCGGUCACUCACCUCCCUCGACCUCUCCUCCUUCUACCAUUGGCCGGAGGACCUCCCUCCGGUUCUCGCCGCAAACCCCAUAACCGCCGCGUCGAUGCGGCGGCUCAACCUGCUCACGACAUCUUUCACUGAAGGUUUCAAAUCGCACGAAAUUCAGCAGAUCACGGCGUGGUGCCCUAAUCUAGAGCACCUUCUCUUGGCUUGCACGUUCGAUGCGAGGUACCUUGGUUACGUCGGCGACGAAACCCUAACUGCCAUAGCUUCUAAUUGCCCCAAAUUGACGCUUCUUCACCUCGGCGAUACCGCGUCGUUGUCGAAUCGGCGAGGGAAUCCUAAUGAUUCAGGGUUCAGUGACGAGGAUGCUAGGAUCAGCAGAGCGACCAUGGUGGAGUUUUUCUCGGGUUUGCCAUUACUUGAAGAAUUGGUGCUAGACGUUUGUAAAAAUGUCCGAGAGAGUUGUUUUGCUUUGGAAGUGUUGAAUUCCAAGUGCCCAAGGUUGAGGACUUUGGGGUUGAGGCAGUUCCAUGGGAUUUGCUUGGCUAUUGGGUCGCAGCUUGAUGGGGUUGCUUUGUGUCAAGGAUUGCAGUCUCUGAGUGUUGCGAACUGCGGGGAUUUGAAUGAUAUGGGUUUGAUUGAGAUUGGUAGAGGGUGUUCGAGGCUUGUGAAGUUCCAUGUGCAGGGUUGCAAGCUCAUCACAGAGAAGGGGUUGAGGACUCUGACUUGUUUGCUAAGAAAGACCUUGGUUGAUGUGAAGGUCUCUUGCUGCCUCAACCUUGAGACUUUCGCAGCACUGAGGGCGUUGGAGCCCAUAAGAGACCGCAUUGAGAGGCUUCAUGUGGAUUGUGUGUGGAACGGGAUGAAGGAAAGUGAUGAUGGCCUUGGCCAGAGUUUGCUCAAUUUCGACCUCAACAAGUUGGAGGACGAGCAGUGUUUUGGUCAGGACUUUGCAAGCAUGGAUUCGGAAGGGACAAGCCAGAAUAAGAGGCAGAGGUGCAGCUAUUCGCCGCCACCAGAGGAGGUUGAGAUUGAUGAUUCCCUAAUGCAAAGCAAUGGGAAUGGUUACUGGGGAACCAGCUGGGACAAGCUGAAGUAUCUCUCGCUUUGGAUUGGAGUUGGUGAUAUGCUAUCGCCAUUGCCAAUGGCAGGGUUGGAGGAUUGCCCUAGCUUGGAGGAGAUUAGGAUAAGGGUGGAAGGAGAUUGCAGGGGCAAGCCGAAACCGUCCGAGACUGAAUUCGGCUUGAGCAUUCUAGCUUGCUAUCCUAAUUUAUCCAAGAUGCAGCUGGAUUGUGGUGACACAAGAGGUUACGCGCUGACUGCGCCGUCUGGGCAGAUGGAUUUGAGCCUGUGGGAAAGGUUCUUCCUGAAUGGGAUUGGCACUUUGAGUCUGGAUGAGCUUGAUUACUGGCCACCACAAGAUGAAGAUGUCAACCAGAGGAGUCUCUCCCUCCCAGCUGCAGGCUUGCUGCAAGAAUGUUACACACUGAGAAAAUUAUUUAUUCACGGUACCGCUCAUGAGCAUUUCAUGAAUUUUUUCCUUAAGAUACCAAAUCUCAGGGACGUGCAGCUGAGGGAAGAUUAUUAUCCUGCCCCCGAGAGUGACAUGAGUACGGAAAUGAGGGUUGGUUCAUGCAGCCGCUUUGAAUAUGCAUUGAAUAGGCGCCAAAUUAGUGAUUGAACUGUGAUACUUCGUGAUGUGACCAUAAAUAGAAACAAAAGAGUUGUUAACAUAGAUCAUGCCACGAUUUUGGCUUAUAUCUUUUGCUUCGCCCUCUAUUUUUAUUUUCCCCCCUUUUUGUUAUCUGUAACAGUGCGACACUUGUGUCCAAUUAUAGAGAAUAAAAAACUACUAUAUUCUGGGAA